UCGUUUGUUGUGAUGUAGUGGCUGUCGGGGACAGAAAGAAAGAAAGAAAGAAAGAAAGAAAGACACCGGCCGAUCCUGUUCAGGAGCGCCUCGCGGGAUAUUGGACCCAGGACUCUGCGUGUUGCAAGGAGCAACCACAUGGUCCAAGACUCUCCUCCACUGUGAAGACUGCUGACACAAUGGGGAGACUGGACAUACCUCAUCGGAGGAGCAUCUUUCUUCUUGUUGGGCCUCUGCUUUGGUCGCUUCACGCCAGUGGACAGUUGAUAGGAAGCCCGCUGGACUGCCAAAAUCUGUGCGUGUGCGCAAGCAACAUCAUCAGCUGCUCAAAAGGGAAUCUCACCAACCCCCCUACCCGCCUUCCCAAAUACACAACGGUGCUGGACCUCAGCUUCAACUCCAUCGGCAGACUGCGGGCGGAGUGGACGCCCGUCCUGAGUCGACUCCACACGCUGCUCCUCAGCCACAACGGUCUCUCCUUCCUCUCUUCGGCGGCGUUUGUGCACGUGACAAAGCUGCGUUACCUGGACUUAUCUGCCAACCAGCUCCGCCAGCUGGAUGAAAACAUGUUCGAGCCGCUGGAGAACUUGGAGGUGCUGCUGCUUUAUAAGAACAGCAUUUCGCAGAUUGAACGUUUCGCCGCUUUCUCGGGACUGGCCAACCUGCAGAAGCUCUACCUGAGCCAGAAUCUCAUCUCGCGCUUCCCCUUGGAGCUGGUGAAGGAGCGAAGCCGCAUGGAGACCCUCACACUGCUGGAUGUCUCGUCCAACCGGAUCAAAGCGCUGACGUUACUCGAGCUUCGAGCUCUGCCCGCGUGGAUCAAAAACGGCCUGUACUUCCACAACAACCCCCUGCCGUGCAGUUGUGAUCUUUUCGACGUGGUUGCACACUGGCAACUCAAAGAUCUCAGCUCGGUCGUGGACUUUAAGGAUGAGCACACUUGUAUCCUUGCGGGUCAGCCCAAACGAAAAGUGCUCACCCUUGACCUGGACAAAGCUUAUUUGAACUGCAGCGAGGUCAAGCUAACGGAUAGAGAAGCGUAUCUGGAGCAGGUUGUGGUGUUGGACUGUGACACCAAGCAGAAAGACAUGGUAAAGACCUGGGCCUUGCCAGGGAACAUCCUGGUAUCUUCAGCAAACAAAAGCACAAGGAUACUUCCGGACGGAAACCUUCAGCUCGGACCUUUGAGGGAAGACGACUCGGGCGUGUACACCUGCUACGCCAUCGGAGACGCCCUUAACGAGACGAUUAACAUCACCGUGGUGGUUUUUAACUCAACCAUGAUCCCCGGCUUGGAGAACCUGAAGACUGCAUACACCACCCUCAUAGCAUGCCUUAUCAGCAUUGUGAUGGUUUUCAUCUACCUCUACCUCACACCUUGCCGCUGCGCCUGUUGUCCAGGUCAGGAACUGGAGAAAAAUGACCCGACAGGCAGCCUCCACUCCUCCAACGUCAGCAACGCCCAAAGCCAUCAAGAGACUGGACCGGAACGAGGGAAUGAGGGCGAUAAAGACUCCUCAUUUGACACCAAGGACUUGUUAGAGCAGAACGGGUUGAACCCAAAAGGUGAAGAAGUUUGGAAGGUGGGGAACAAGAAGAGGAAGGCAUCUGUUAGCUCUGUGAGCUCAGACACCCCCAUGAUGGUGUAAAAGUGUUUGAGGGAGUGGAAAAACUGCUAUGCAUGCUUGUGAUUGAUGGUUACCAGUCACUGGCGGAGCUAGAAUUUUUUUUUCUUUUUUUUUUCUUUGAGGGGUGGCACAGAUAUCUCUGGUAGGCGGCAAAACAAACAAAAAAAUCGUACAAAAUGCACAAAAAAUUCAUUUUAUGUUCUCUACCAGUUUGUUCAUAGUGCAAGAGGGAUUCUACUGAAUAUUCUCGGCAAUGUAUCCAAUCUCUUAGUGGUUGGUAUCCAGGAAGCUUUCUUUGCUCAGGGGACACAAAUGGAAGGACCUGAAAGGUUCUAGCCAUUACUGCCCAACCCUGAGUAAACCAGAUGGCCACAAAAACAUUAGCGCGGUCAACACACAAGCAGCAAGCGUCACAUCAGACAACAAUAGAGCGGACAACAGAUAAGUAAAACCUGACAUAAAUAAUGUCAUGACUCAAAGAACUUUACCAUUAAAGAGUAAUAAUAGCAAAUAUAUCUAGCUACAAAGUACAUAUACAGUAAAUAUGGUCGAACAACAAUUGUCACAUGGGAAAAUUUAUAGGAUUGAAUGUUUUUUUCUUUUCUUUUGAUUAAUUUGCCUUACUUGCACUUGCCGUAAGGAUCACACUGAAAAGGAAAAACAAAUAUACACAAUGAGAAUAUAAAACCAUCGUGGAUCCUCAUCUCACACUGUUGAUUUUAGGUUUAGGCACAUGGCUUAUUUUUACAACAUUGUCGUCGUAACAUUACAACUUACUGUACGUACUUUUCCCAGUGUGGCCCUUUAGUAGCAUUUCAACCCUCAUGGUGCUUAUUUUUAAACUUGAAUGGUCCCUCAUUAUAAUGUAGCAAAGAGGCAUAAAUAUAUUUCCUGAAUGUAAAUGUUGUGUAAAAGUUGUUGUUCAUGUUAUGAUGCAUCAAUUAUACAAGACUAAAGACAACAUAAAUGAUGCAAGUAACCAAUACGGAGGAUCUGUAUUCCUUGUUUUACUAAAGCCAUGAAAUGCUACCUGCUAAAAAGAUGACAUCAUCGUCUCUCACUUUAAUGCUGAUUUAAUGCCUGCGAUAUUAUGCGACCUUGUGGCUAAGGCUAGAGGUUCUAUGGCGGCUCGUAUAAAUAGAAGCAGUGGCAGGGGGCAGGCUUGGUGAGUAGCACAUCGAAUAUUUAAGAGGUCACUGGCAAUAUUUCUGUGGAAGAGCUCAGCACUGUGGUGUUUUAUCUCAGAACAUUAUUGCCGUUCAGUGUUCACUCCCACUUCAGACCUACUCCACUGUGUAUUUUCUUCUCGACAUUAUAACUCUGGAAUCAAAAAAAAUUUCAAGGAAUGAAAUGAUUACUGUUCUUUCAUAUUAAUGUUAUCUAAUCCAUCCAUAUACUGUUUAUAUUGUUUUCAUUAUGUGGACAAAAAAAACACAUAUUUACCUCAAGACAUGAAUUAGAAAGGAGAUUUCGUCUCUAUGUCCCAACUGGGAAUGCCGUAAGCCCGAUGACAGAUUUGCAGAGAAUUUCAAAACACGACCUAUAAGCAUCAUGUUACACAGCAAAGCUGACCUGACGUGUGUGUGUGUAUAUCAGACUUCAAUCUGCUAAGUGGCAGAGACGCCUUCUGGCUCAUGUUACUGUAUUACACUAAUACAGACCGUCUUGAUGACUUGAGAGUGAAACGGGAGAUCACGGAGAUGGAUGGAGUGCAAAAUGUCAAGUAUCCUUGUGUCCAUGUUCUAUCCCGUGCGCUGUCUUAUUUGAAGUGUAAAUCACAUGAUCCUCCCUCACAUAGUAAUCUAGUACCUUCUCCUUUGGGGUCUUUUGCCUUCUACCAAUAAACCGUGACAAUAUAAGGGGCCGGUGCGGCAAAUUUUAAUUGAGUGUGAAACGUCACCCUUAAUGAUUGAAGCGGUCUGCGCUUCUCAUGUUACCAUGUUUACUCACAACACACAGUAGCUGUUCACCACAGUCGA